AUGGAAGCCCAGAAUGAGCCUAUCGCCAUCAUUGGCACCGGCUGCCGCUUCCCCGGAAGUUGCGACAGCCCCUCGAAGCUCUGGGAGUUGCUGGAAAAGCCACGCGACCUGUUGAAGAAAAUCCCAAAUGAUCGAUUUAGUGCUGAUGGGUUUUACCACCCAAAGAACUCUCACCAUGGCACUAGCAACGUGCGACACUCUUACCUGCUCGACGAGGAUUUGCGUACCUACGAUGCCCAGUUCUUUGGGGUCAAGGCGAUCGAGGCCAGCUCCAUGGAUCCUCAGCAGCGUCUGCUCAUGGAAACCGUGUACGAGGCUCUGGAAUCGGCCGGGCUUUCCAUCAAGCAACUUCAGGGCUCCGACACGGCCGUUUAUGUUGGUGUUAUGAGUGCCGAUUUUAUGGAUAUGCUCGCGCGCGACGUCGAAAAGUUCCCAACUUACUUCGCCACUGGAACUGCACGCAGCAUUUUGAGCAACCGCCUCUCCUACUUUUACGAUUGGCACGGUCCAUCCAUGACAAUCGACACAGCCUGCUCGUCGAGUUUGAUUGCCUUGCAUCAAGCUGUACAGGUCCUUCGUUCCAAGCAGUCCAAGGUGGCAGUGGCUGCCGGAUCAAACAUCAUAUUGGGCCCAGAGCAGUACAUCGCGGAGAGCAAGCUUCAGAUGCUGUCGCCGGAUGGUCGCAGCCGUAUGUGGGACGCCGAGGCUAACGGUUACGCCCGUGGAGAGGGGGUUGCGGCUGUCGUUCUCAAGACUUUGAGCCAGGCUCUCGCUGACGGGGAUCACAUUGAGUGCAUCAUCCGGGAAACCGGAAUCAACCAAGACGGCAAGACGCCCGGUAUCACCAUGCCGAGUGCCACGGCACAGGCCGCCCUGAUUAGAUCUACCUACGCCAGGGCCGGUCUUGAUCUGCGUAAAGCGAGCGACCGACCUCAGUUUUUUGAGGCUCAUGGCACGGGCACUCCGGCUGGUGACCCAAUAGAGGCUGCCGCCAUCAGCAAAGCGUUUUUUGGCGAUGAUGUAAAGCCCCAUUCCAGAGACGGCCACGACACUCUGUUUGUUGGUUCUAUCAAAACAGUCAUUGGCCACACCGAAGGCACUGCCGGCCUCGCCGCCAUCAUCAAGGCGUCUACGGCACUGCAGGCAGGCGUUCUGCCGCCGAACCGACUGUUCCACAAGUUGAAUCCCAAGAUUGAGCCUUACUACUCAAACUUGAAGAUCCUGACAGAGGCUCAGCCCUGGCCGAGGCUGCCUGAAGCCGGCACGCGGAGAGUAAGCGUCAACAGCUUCGGGUUUGGAGGGGCAAAUGCACACGCCAUUGUCGAGUCUGCGGAUGGCUACAUCGCCAGGAGGGCCGCUGCACCAAACCCCCGCUCGUUUGCUCCCUGUCCCCUGUCGGCCGCCUCGGAGACGGUGCUCACCGCCAUGACGGAGCGCCUCAGGAGCUACCUCAAAAGCCAGAUAGCAUCCGGCGGCACGGGCAUCAACAUGCGCGACCUGGCGUGGACGUUGUGCAGCCGCCGCUCGACCCUGGGCGUCCGCAGUGUGCUGCCCGCGGCCAAGAGCCCGCAGGACCUGCUGGACAAGCUGGAAGCAUCCGCCCAGCUGCCCCCGCCUGCGACCUCGACCAAGAAGGCGCCCGAAACAGGCCCGAGGGUGUUUGGCGUGUUCACCGGACAGGGCGCCCAGUGGCCGCGCAUGGGAGCCGAGCUGAUUGAAGAUUCGCCAACCGUCGCCGGCAUUGUCCGUCGCCUCGAUCAAAGUCUACAGUCUUUGCCGGUGCGAGACAGGCCCUCAUGGACGCUGCGCGAGCACCUGCUGGCCCCGAAGGAGUCGUCCCAAGUGUACAUUGCAUCCUUGUCCCAGCCCCUGUGCACGGCACUCCAGAUAAUCCUGGUGGACCUGCUCAAGGUUGCCGGUAUAACGUUUUCCGGCGUCGUGGGCCACUCGUCGGGUGAGAUAGGCGCCGCCUACGCCGCCGGCUACCUCACGGCGUCGGACGCCAUACGCGUGGCCUACUACCGCGGGCUGCACCUCAAAUUGGUGACCACCAAGGGGGCCAUGCUGGCCGCGGGGACGACCUUUGCCGACGCGCAGGAGCUCUGCUCCCUGCCGGCAUUCGAAGGGCGCGCGUGCGUGGCUGCGAGCAACUCCCCGGCCAGCGUCACCCUGUCCGGCGACGCCGAUGCCAUCGAGGAGAUCCAGAUCAUCCUCGGGGAGGAGAAGAAGUUCAACCGCAUGCUCCAGGUCGAUCGCGCCUAUCACUCGCACCACAUGAACGUCCUGGCCGCGCCCUACAAGCGCUCGCUCGAGGAGUGUGGGAUCAAGCCCCUGCGACCUGCUGGUGGCUGCCGCUGGGUGUCGUCCGUCUUUACUUGCGACGUCUCGGACAUCCCAUCUGACGUGAGCCUGGGGAGCUCUUACUGGGUUGCCAAUCUCGUCCAGCCGGUCCGGUUCACCGAGGCCUUGGAGAUGCUGUACUUGGGUGCCUCGAUGAACGGAGGAUUCGACCUCGGAAUCGAGGUUGGGCCGCACCCGGCUCUCCAAGGACCUGUCAAACAAACAGUCCAAGAAUUCACGACCGACUCGCCGUUGGCCUACACUGGACUGAUGAAGCGUGGAGAAAACAGCACUGAAGCCAUGUCCAAGGGCCUUGGCUACAUCUGGCAGACCUUUGGGGAAGGCGUGGUGGAUUUCGCUGCAUACGAGGCAUUUUGCGCCGGCGAACCUGCAGGUAAGUCAACCUUUGCCGUCACCAAGGGCCUCCCCACCUAUCCCUGGGAUCACAGCCGAACGCUCUGGCAAGAGUCUCGGUUGUCAAAAGCCUUCAGGACGAGCGAGAAUCCUCCACACGAGCUCCUGGGGCGCCAGCUGCUGGACGGAGUGCCAGACCGGUUGCGAUGGCGCAACAUCAUCAAGCGAAGCGAGAUCGAUUGGCUCGAGGGCCAUCAAGUCCAAGGCCAGAUCGUCUUCCCUGCGGCUGGGUACAUCUCGGCCUGUGUCGAGGCGUGCAUGCUCGCCUUUGCGCGAGACGAAUCCCCCGUGCAGUGCAUUGAGCUCCUCGACUUUGACAUUGGACAUGCCAUGGUGAUUGAAGAGGACGACAGCCUGGGAGUCGAUGCGACGAUUGAGCUGAGCGACAUGACCAGGUCGGACAAGACCAUAGAAGCUAGGUUUGGAUUCCACUCGACCGCCAGCAACGACUCUCUUGCCAUGAACACUCAUGCAAGCUGCAGAGUUGUUGUCAAUCUUGGCAUCUCCGAUUGCAACGUUUUGCCGCCGAAGCCGCACGACCAUGACAAGGUCUUCCUGUUGGACGUCGAGGCGGAGCGAUUCUACAACAACCUCGAUGGGCUCGGAUUCAACUACUCUGGACCGUUCCGCGCACUCGAGGGAUUGAAAAGGCGCCUGGGGUACGCAGAGGGGUUUAUUCAGAAUGCCUCGUCAGCAAUAGACUCAAAAAUCCUACCGCCGUUGCUGGUCCACCCCGCUACUCUGGACCUUGGCAUUCAGGCCAUCAUGCUGGCGUACUCUUACCCCGGAGACACCAUGCUGCGCUCAAUCUAUCUCCCUACACGCUUCGAACGCAUCCUCAUCGACCCGGCGCUCUGCGCCGACUUUGCCGGCCAGCCGGCCAAGGUCCCCUUUGAUGCCGUCGCGUUUACCGGCGCCGUGAAGAGCGUGACGGGCGACAUCAACAUCUACUCACCGCGAGGAACAUCUCUCAAGGCCCUGCAGCUCGAGGGGCUCCAGACGCGGCCGCUGUCCGAGUCCGAGGGCAUUAGUGUUUUCACCGACAUGUCCUGGAACGUUGCGACGCCCGACAGCGAGAUGGUCGUCGCAACCACCUCGGUGCCGCCGCUGGAUGCAGAGUUUUUCUUCACCCUCGAGCGUGUGGGCUACUACUACCACCGCGUUCUCAACGCCGCGUUCCCCCGCAGCGAACGCGACCAUCUGGAGUGGAAUUUCAAAAGGCUGCUCGAGUACAACGAUUCCGUCCUGGAUGGCGUCGACAGGGGAAGGAACCCGUUUGCGCGGGCCGAGUGGAGGAACGAUUCCAAGGAGACCAUCGCCGAGAUCUUGGACAAGUACCCCAACAGCCCCGAUCUGAGGCUUCUGCGCGCCGUCGGCGAGAACAUCGUGGCCGUGGUGAAGCAAGAGACGACCAUAUUGGAGCACAUGAUCGAGGAGGACAAACUCAACAUAUUUUACGAGUUUGGAGAGGGUUUCCCCCAGUACGCGUCGUACAUGGGUGCAUUUGCUGGUCAGCUCGCCCAUCGCUAUCCGCACAUGAGGGUGCUGGAAAUCGGCGGUGGGACGGGCAUGGCGACCAAAGCCAUCAUCAAAGAGGUCGGUGACCAGUUUUCGACCUACGACUUUACCGACGUUUCCAGUGGAUUCUUCCCCAAGGCCUCGGCCACUUUUUCUCCGUACAAGUCCAAGAUGAACUUUCAAGUCCUCGACAUCGAAAAAGACCCACUGGAACAGGGCUUCAAACAAGGCUCGUACGACCUCAUUGUGGCGUCCUUGGUGCUCCACGCCACCCGCAACCUCGCCGAAACCAUGACCAACGUGCGGAAACUGCUCAAACCGGGCGGUUAUCUUUUGCUAAUGGAAGUCACAGAGAACGAGCAGAUGAGGUUCGGACUUUUGUUCGGCGGUCUUCCUGGAGCGUGGCUGGGAGCCGAAGAAGGCCGGACCUUGUCUCCCUGCGUCGGUAUGGAGGAAUGGGAGGCGGUUCUCAAGAAAACCGGCUUCGGCGUGGAAACAUGUGUUCCGCACCACGAGACUCUCCCGGUUCCAUUCUCCGUCAUUGUAGCACAGGCUCUCGACGACAAGGUCCAGUUUUUGAAGCAACCUCUAGUCCAGGCUGCCGAGGACGGCACUGUGAUACCUGCUCGGCUGACGAUUGUCGGAGGCGGACCCAAGAGUUCUGCGUUGGCUUCCGAGGUAACGAAGCUCCUCGGCCCGCGCUAUGGAAGCAUCCGAUACAUUGAGUCUCUGGAUAAAGUCCGAGGCGACGAUCUAGGGGUGGGCGGCAGUCUCCUGUGCCUGGCAGAUCUCGAUGGGCCUGUGCUCCAGUCUAUAGACGAGGGCAAGCUUCGUGGCUUCCAGGACGUCUUUCAGCAUUCCAAAAACGUCCUCUGGGUCACGAGCGGUGUGCGCGAGGGGGAUCCGUACGCGAGGAUGGUGAUUGGGUUCGGGAGGACCAUUGUGCUUGAGAUGCUGCACCUGCGACUCCAGUUCCUCGACCUCGAGUCCAACACCACACCAAGCGCCUCGGCCGUUGCCGCCACCAUGCUUCGGUUCGACGUCACGGGAGCCUGGGAUGAAGAACACGGAGACAUGUCAUCUGGUCUGUUGCACUCCACGGAGCCCGAGUUAUUCCUCGACGCCAAGGGGAGGCUCUUUGUUCCCCGCUUCAAGCACAAUCACGAGAUGAACAACCGCUACCAGUCGAGCAAGGCCAAUGUCAAAGAGAUGGUGGACGCGGAUGCUUGCACCCUUGAGCUUUGCCGCUCGAGCGAGAGCGAGACGUGGGAGCUCAGCAAGGUGGAUGCUCCUGAGACCCUUCCGUUGUGGGUUUCACGGGAGCAUCUCGUCGACGUGCAUGUCAUGUACUCUGUCAAUCGGUCCGUGGCCAUCACAAAAGACUGCUUCCUUUUCCCAAUCUUGGGAAAGGAGAGCCGCACAGGAAGGCCCGUUGUGGGACUGGCUCCGUCCCUGACGUCCAAAGUCGUCAUUCCAAGCUCUUUCAUUCUCCACGGCAUCUUCACCUCAGAGGACCGCGCAGUCGACACUCUCGAGACGUUCUUUUCCGUCUUGAUUGCACACGCAGCCCUGGGCGGUGACUGCGAGGAUCUGUCCGGCACGCGAGUCAUCGUGGUAGAGCCCCGGAACCAACUGGCAAACUCCAUCAGCGGGCUCGCGACUGGCGGGAAUGCCAGCGUGCUGUGUCUGACGUCUAAGCUCGGAACCCAAUGGACUCACAUCGGACCCAAGACGCCCAAGCUGGCCAUCAAACAAUUGGUCCGGCCUGAUGCUGACGCCAGAACCAGCUGCUGCAUCUUGGACAUGGCGGAGGACGGCGGCCUCGCUGAGACCAUUGCCAGCUUCUUGCCGUCCACGCAGCGUCGCGUCAUCCGAAAGGCCGACUUGACUGCCCACUCUGGCUUUUUGCCCGCGCGAGACUGCUCCAGAGAGAUCCGGUCGCUCGUCUCGAGUGUUUUCCAUCACAUCAUGAGCAGGGUGGACGGGCCGACGGAGCUACCGGUGCUCGCACCCACAGACGCCACCGGGUCGGAGACGACGCCUGCAGAGUUUGUCGUCUCUUGGAAGUCCACAGCCAAGACGGUGGCCGUGUCCGUGGAGCCCAUCGAAACCAGGGUCAAGUUCCAGGCUGACAAGACUUACUGGCUCGUUGGUCUCACUGGCAACCUGGGCCUCUCGCUCUGUGCAUGGAUGGUGAACCAAGGCGCUCGUAACAUCGUGGUUGGCAGCAAAAACCCAAAGAUUGACGGCGCUUUCUUGGCCAAGAUGAAGGCAAAGGGCGUCAACUUCAAAGUGCUUCCCCUCGAUGUUUGCGAUCGCGACUCUGUCCGGGCGACGUACAAGACCAUCGCGAGCACGAUGCCGGCCGUUGCUGGAGUAUGCCAAGGCGCCAUGGUGCUGCACGACACCAUGUUCACCGAGCUCGACGUGGAGCGGGUCGAAAAGGUCACGCGGCCCAAGGUGCAGGGCAGCCUGUACCUCGAGGAAAUCUUCCACGACACGGCCCUGGACUUUUUCGUCUUUUUCUCGUCCAUCGCCUCCGUGGUCGGCAACCCGGGCCAGUCAGCCUACGCCGCCGCCAACAUGUUCAUGUCCGGCCUCGCGACGCAGCGCAGAAAGCGGGGACUGAACGCGUCGGCCGUGGCCAUCGGCGCCAUCUUUGGCAACGGCUACGUCACGAGGGAGUUGACGCUCGCACAGCAGGAAUAUCUCAAAAAGGUGGGCAACCGGUGGCUGUCGGAGCAGGAUUUCCACACCCUCUUCGCCGAAGCUGUCUACGCCGGCCAGUCGCACCGCGGCAAAAACCACGAGUUCGCCACGGGGCUGAUGACCAUCCAAGACGGCGACGAGGUUGGUCAGAGGGUCACUUGGUUCAAAAACCCCAUGUUCCAGCACUCUGUGAUGACGGGUGGGAACCAAGGACAGGCCGCCGAGACUGGCAAGAGCCACCGAAGAGUCCAGACCAAGGUCUUGCUUCAAGAUGCCGUCAGUUCCGAGGACGUCCGCGAGAUCAUCUAUGACGCCUUUGCCCUCAAGCUGCAGGAGGCUUUGCAGGUCGAAAAGGGCCGUCCUGUCGGCAACUUGACGGCAGAUACUCUCGGCAUCGACUCGUUGGUCGCCGUUGACAUCCGAUCCUGGUUCAUAAAGGAGCUGCAGGUCGAGGUGCCAGUGCUCAAGAUUCUCAGCGGCGCGACGGUCGACGACAUCAUUGCUCAAGCUCAGAAGCUGCUGCCCAAGGAACUCAUACCCAAAUUCGAUGAGAAGGCUACUGGCCUCAGCAAGCCGCGGGAAAGGUCCGAGCCGGCAGCGGCGCCACCGGCAUCACCAGUGCAAAAGCAGGAGCCGAUCAAGGCCAAGCCUGAAAAGGCUACAGCACCAGCACCAGCCCCAGCCGUUGCUCCUCCAGUGCAAAAGGUGGACAAGUCAGCUCCGCCAACCAAGAUUGAGACUGCCCCUCAUACCUCCAAGUCAGCAAUGUCAGUGUUGAUACCAGCUGAUGACAAGAUCUCCAGCCCCAAAUCCACCACCAGCACCGAGUACUUUGGCCAAACCCCCACCAAAUCCAGUGGUUCUUCGCCGUGGAGUUCCAAAAGUUCGUGGUCCGAGAUUGAGAGGCCCGACAGCCCAGACAGCUCAGACAGCUCACACAGCUCAGACACCCCGCCACUCUCGCGCAGCGCGGGUGGCAGCCUCACCCAGGCAGCCAUAAGCAAACAUCUAAAAGAAAACCGGGCCGUCGCCAGCGCCGGCUUCGAGAUCACCAAGAGCGGGCCCAUCUCCUUUGCCCAGUCCAGGUUCUGGUUCCUGCAGCACUUUCUCGAGGAUCCCGCUUCGGCUCUCAACAUCACCGUGGACAUCAACCUCCAAGGUGCUCUCGACGUCCCGAAGCUGGAGAAGGCGGUCGCUUCGGUGGGGAGGCGACACGAGGCCCUCCGCACCAGGUUCACGGCCGCCGCGAACUCGGAAGGCGUCGUGCAGGAGGUCCUCGCAGCCUCGUGUCUGGGCCUCGAAGUCUACGCCGUCAAGGGCGCUGCCGACGCCGACGCCUUUUACAAGGCGCUGUCUGCGCACAGGUACAGACUCGACCGCGGUGAGAAUAUGAGAAUCGUGCUCCUCCGCAUGAGUCCAAAGUCGUUCCGCCUCCUCAUCGGCUAUCACCAUAUAAACAUGGAUGGCGUCAGCCUCGAGGUUGUUUUGCAGGAGCUGCAGCUCGGAUACAGCGGGCGCGCCCUCAAGCCCGAGUCGCAAAUCUUGCAGUACCCCGACUUUUCCAGACAGCAACACUUGGACUACGACUCUGGCCGCUUGGCUGACGAUCUUGCAUUCUGGCGCAGCGAGUUCAGGGGCCAGGCCCCGCCCGUGCUUCCUCUUUUGCCCCUGGCCAAGAUUCAAUCCCGCAAACCCUUGACCACGUAUUCGACCACCACGACGGAAUUCUGUCUAGAUGAAGAGGAGAUGCACAAGAUCCAGGCGGUCUGCCAGAUGCUCAAGGUGUCGCCUUUCCACUUCCACCUCGCCAUCUUCUACACCCUCCUGGCGCGACUCGUGGACGUCGACGACCUGUGCAUCGGCGUCAGCUCGGCGAACCGCCAGACUCCCGAAACCAUGUCGAGCGUCGGCAUGUACCUCAACCUCCUGCCGCUGGUGUUCAAAGUCGACCGCAGCCACACCUUUGCCAACGCCAUCAAGAUGAUCCGAGCCAAGGCCCUGGCCGCCUUCAGCCACGCCGCCGUGCCGUUCGACCUCAUGAUCAAGGACCUCGGCGUCGCCGGCACCAGCUCCCACAGCCCCGUGUUCCAGGCCAUGGUCAACUACCGCCCGGGAGUCUCGACCGCUCGACGCUUUUGCGACUGCGACAGCGAGGUCGCCACCUUCAAGCAGGGCGAGGUGCCUUACGACUUGGCUUUUGACAUUAUGGAAAACCCCGGCGGUUCAUCCCUGAUCAUGCUCACCGGCCAGUCGGUCUAUUACGGCAAGACGGAAAUGGAGCACAUCAAGGGCAUUUACCUAGAGCUCGUCAAGUCCAUUACUCAGAACCCAGCAACUCGAUUGAAGGCUGCGACCAUCUUCAACUCUAGUCAGGUCGAUGCUUCUAUCCAACUUGGACGCGGCAUCUAUCAAAAACCACAAUGGCCCGCCACUUUGGUGCAUCGCAUCGACGACAUGGCCAAGCGUUACCCCGAUAACAUUGCCGUCAAAGAUGGUCGGGGAGACCGCAUUACCUACCGAGAGAUGUCGCAAAAAAUCGAUUGCAUCAGCCACGCUCUGAGCAGCGACUCUUCCUGCCGCGUCAAGAGCACAGUCGGCGUUCUCCUCGAUCCAAGCUCGGACUGGAUUUGCUCGAUUCUGGCCAUCCUGCGCCUAGGAGCAACAUAUGUGCCCCUUGACAUCGUCACGGGAUGGGACAGACUGUCGUCCGUAGUUCGCGAUAGCAAGCCGGACCUCAUAUUAGUCAACAACCGCCUAGAGUCCCAAACGAAAAAUCUCGGGGACGCCAUGGCGACUGCGCGAUUCGUCAACAUUGAAAACCUCGCCCCGGCUACAAACCAGCGCAGAUCUCCCAUCGCAACCGAAGCUGACCAUGUUGCCGCCCUCAUGUACACCAGCGGAUCGACAGGUGUACCCAAGGCGAUAGUCAUCAAGCACGAAUCCAUGCGCAACAGCAUCGAGGCUUUCACAAAGGUGGUGGGAUACCGCGAGGGACACGAGGUUUCGCUCCACCAGAGCUCGUACAGUUUCGACAUGUCACUGAGUCAAAUCUUCCUGGACCUCGCCAACGGAGGGACUGUACACGUCGUCCCGAGGGAGCUGCGCGGCGACCCAGAGGCCAUCGCGUCCAUAAUCGCCAGGGAGGGCAUCACCUUUACAAGUGCCACCCCGUCCGAGGUCAUCUCUUGGAUCGAGCACGGGAGCCUCUCGGAGCUUGGCAGCUCCAGCUGGAGAAAGGUAGUGUGCGGAGGCGAACCAGUCAAGGAGAGUUUGAUCAACGGCCUGCGCAAAAUAGACAAGCCGGAUCUGGCCUUCUUCGAUGGCUACGGCCCCACCGAGAUCACGUUUUGCUGCGCCAUGAGGGCGGUCGAUUACCGCAGCGACGCGCCGCCAGACGCCGAGGCGGGAGGGUUCAAGCCCUGGCCCAACGUCUCGGUCUACAUCCUCGACGCCGACCAAAAGAUCGUACCCGCUGGCGUCACCGGCGAGAUCGCAAUCGGCGGUGGGGGCGUCGUCGCGGGGUACGGCGACCACAAGCUCAGUGCUGCCGCCUUCAAGCACGACAAGUGGGCCUCCUCCGAGUUCGUCCAGAGCGGCUGGACCCGUCUGCACCUGACGGGAGACGUGGGCAAGAUCGACCCGAUUGACGGCACGCUCAAGCUCAAGGGGAGGAUCGCCGGCGACACCCAGAUCAAGCUCCGGGGGAUGCGCCUAGACGUUCGCGAGGUUGAGCUGGCAAUCAUGAAGACCGCGCAAGGCCAGAUCAACGACGUCGUGGUCACGGCGCACCACAACAAGGCGACGGGCGCCAGCUCCUUGAUUGCGUUUGCCAUCGUGGCUGAUCCCAAGGCAUCUCACGACUUUAGCCGCGUCCUGGCUCGGCUUCCCCUGCCACAGUACAUGCGCCCGGCAGCAAUCUUCCCCAUUGACAACUUCCCCACCAACGCGUCAGGCAAGGUCGACAGGAUCGCCAUCAGGAAUCUCGAUCUGCCUCAGACCCAAGACUUUGAUCGCAAGUCGGCCGCCAACAGCGAUGCUCACCUCACAGACACCGAAUCACGGCUGGCGCAGCUCUGGACCCAAGUCAUAACAAAGGGUGUGAUUUCGCAGUACCAAAUCACCAACGAGUCCAACUUCUUCCACGUCGGCGGGACCUCCAUCCUGCUCGUCCAGCUUCGGUCGGCAAUCGAGGCCUCAUUCGGCACCAGGCCUACCCUGUUCCAGCUGUUUGAGGCAGGCACGCUGGCAGCCAUGGCGGCCCUCAUCGCACCGCUCUCCUCCAGCUCGACGACGCCACCAUCAAACAGUCCCAACAAGCAUCUCGGCACCAGUCGGACCACAGAGAGAGACUGGGAGGAGGAAACACGCAUCUCUCCGGACCUCGUCGACGUGCGCGGCGAGAGCGACCACUUUGGGAACCCCACCGUCGUCGUCCUCACCGGCGCAACGGGCUUCCUCGGCAGAUCCAUCCUGGCGCGACUGCUGCAGGACAGCGUCGUGGAAAAGAUCCACUGCCUCGCGGUGCGGAGCGAUCCCCAGGACGAGCUCUUCCGCUCCCCCAAGGUCGUGGUGCACCGGGGAGACCUGGCCGCUCGCAACUUUGGCAUGCCCAGCAGGGAGCUCGCCGACAUCUUCUCCGAGGCGCACGCCGUGAUCCACAACGGCGCCGACGUGUCCUUCAUGAAGACCUACGCCACCCUCAAGCCGGCCAACUUUGAGAGCACCAAGCAGCUCGUGCGCCUGUGCCUGCCGCGCCGCAUCUCCUUCCACUACGUCUCCUCGGCCAGCAUCGUCCAGCUCACGCAAAAGGACACCUGGGGCCUCGAGUCGGUCCAGGACUACCCUCCCAUCGCGAGCCGGAACGCGACCGGCUACGUGGCGACCAAGUGGGCCAGCGAGCGGUACCUCGAAAAGGUCAGCGACCAGUGCGACCUGCCCAUCUGGAUCCACCGGCCGUCGUCCAUCAAGAACCCCGAGGCGGCGGCGGCGGGCCGGCCGGGCGCCGACCUCAUCUCCAACCUGAUGCACUACUCGCGCGAGCUCAGAUGCAUCCCCGAGGUGUGCGCGUGGAACGGCUGGCUCGACUUUGUCGCCGUGGAGACGGCGGCCUCGGAGAUCGUCGACGAGGUCUACCGGGACUUUUCCUGGCCCGGCCACGUCUGCUACCUGUACCAGAGCGGCGACGAGAUCAUCCCGCUGCCCGACCUCAGGUCCACGCUGCAGCGCGAGGCCGGCUGCGAGUUCGAGGUGCUGAAGAUGGACGAGUGGGUGGCGAGGGCGCAGGCCAAAGGCAUGAGCGAGCUGCUCGGGGAUUACCUCUGUGCUUCGGCCAACGCCCCUGUGACGUUGGCCAUGUUGCAAAAGGGAGAGGCUUGGCAUUGA